UGUGUGAGUUCAAGUGCCAGAUGAGGGUCGUGUUUUAUUAUUUUGUUCAAUAUAUCUAUUAUUGUAGUUUUAAUAAUUUAUAAAGAGAUUAAAAAAAAAACUAUUAAAAAUCUGCAAACUCAGUAAAGUUCAUAGAAGUUUUAUAAUAAAUUCUUGAACAUUUUUGUAAGCAUUCUGCGUUUGGGAUAAAGUUUUUGCAUUUAACUACAUCCGGAAAGAAUAAUGGGUACCAGAGACACGGAUUUAGUGCCUGAUUUUAGGAAUUACGACCACUUGAGGAGGAGGUUUCCUGUCGUAAGUAAACCCAAAGUUUUGGGAGCCUUUAGCAUUGACAAGAAUAGAGAAUACCACGACGAUCUUGAGAAUCUGAAGUAUUUGAAUGUUCCGGGAGAAUCUGGAGGAAUUGUUCACUGGGACCUGAACAGUGGCUAUGAGAAUUAUCUGCCAAAAAAGGAGAAGGAUAAUUGCAAUAUUGAUCACAUUUUGGAGUUCAUCGUGAAGAAUGAGAAGAAGAUUAAGAAUUCUGGGAGUUCGAAAAAAAUCAUUCCAGACUUUGUAAGUUUUCGUGGGCUUUUGAGGCUCAUCAUGUGCACUCCUUACGAGGCGAGGCCCAGGGAUGAGCCAUGGAUUGUGCUGGCAACGAAAUACCGAGGAACAAUUUAUCUGUGUCAGAAGGAGACUCCAGAAGCAGAAGCUGCCAGGAGAAAUAUGCCUGAAGACCAGGAGAAGUUCUGCUACUAUGGCUUCAAAUUCGAACAGUAUAUCCUGACCAAGGAGCCCAAUAAAUCCAAUGAUUUGUCGAAGCCGGUGAUUGCUAAUGAGGAAUUUGCUGUAGCCUUUUCAUCCAAAUUUGCUGGACACAACCUUCUCUACGUCGCAGAGAUGGAUGGAAUAAUUUCAGACACAGCCAUUGAAAAAAAAACAGAUUUAUCCAGGAUUCCCGUUGAAUUUGUUGAAGUGAAGACGAAGAAGAGGGAGGAACACCCACAGCAAUUGAGGAAUUUCAAGAGAUUUAAGCUUCGGAAAUGGUGGUGUCAGAGUUUCCUUGCUGGGAUUGAUUCUGUGUUUGUGGGCGUGAGGAACAACAAAGGGAUUGUGGAGAAAAUUGAACGAAUGCGUGUGGGCGAAAUGGCAGAGAUAGGAGCAUCAGACUGGUCAGGUUCCAUCUGCAUGAAUUUCUGCAUAAUCUUCCUUGACACUGUAAAGGCUGCUAUGGAAGAUAUUGAUGAUCCCAAUACAGUCAUCAAAUUCUCUUUCAACCCCCAAUUCUGCAAUCGGAUUCUGCAUGAGAAAUUCCCAGGAAAAUCAGAUUUGAGCUUCCUACCAGAAUGGUAUAUCAAAUUUCUUGAAUGUCUCUAGCCAAUAAAGUUUAUAACGCUGGAAAA